UCCCCUCUGUCUGUGAAGUUAGGCUGUUACGUGAGUGGAAGGACAAUAUAUGUAUUUUUUUCCCUUUUUUUUGUAAGGUUGGGUGAUGUCCUUCCCACCUCCCUUAGCAACCACAUCUUUUGCGGGAGAUGGGAGGGGGAGAGGAGAGGAGUGGAGGCACACUCAUCCAUCCGGGCUCCUGAUCCACUGACAGCGAUUGUGGACUGAUGGAGGGAAGAGAAUUUAAACAAAAAUCUGAAGGGAAAAAUAAAUAACAGUAGUUAACACUGGCUGGAGAAGACACAACAGGUUGUCCACCUUGCAUCUUGUCAGUGAAAACUUUUGGAAUGUCAGCUCCAAAUGCAAGAAGUGGAAGAUCCCUCCUGAGAAAUUGGUGUCCAAAGCUGCAGAGCAAAGUCUGGCGACAAAGACCACUUUGCAUAAAAAUGAGCAGUGCCGUCGAAGACCUGAUUGGAAUCCCAUUUCCAGACCAUAGCAACAAGCUGCUGUGUAGUCUGAACGAACAGAGGCAGGAGGGCCUGCUCUGUGAUGUCAUCCUGAUAGUGAAGGACCAAGAAUACAAGACCCAUCGGUCAAUCCUUGCUGCGUGUAGCAAAUAUUUCAAGACGCUGUUUACCUCAGAUAUGCUUGCAGAGCAACACAAUGUCUAUCAGAUUGAUUUUGUGACACCCGAGGCACUUUCUGCAAUUCUGGAGUUUGCAUAUACGUCGACCCUCACCAUUAGCAGCUCGAAUGUAAAGGAUGUUUUAAAUGCGGCCCAGCAGUUGGAAAUCCAGUGCGUUAUCCAAGUGUGCAUUGACAUCAUGGAGGCAAGUGGCGAGGUGGUCAAUGAAGAUGGAGUCCCUGGCAAAGAUUCCAGCCAAGAGCUGGAAGAUGAUCUGUGCCAGAAAGAUUUACGGCAAUCUCCCCAACAAAGUCUCAAAGAAGAUUGUGAGGAAACUUCUCAAGAACCUAUCAAUGAAUCUGACGAAAACCACUGGGAUAAGGAAUGUGAUUCUAAAAACACUUCGACAAGCAAAAUAAUGGAAAAGCAAUGCAGUGAAUUGCCUCGGGAACAUUUAAACCAUUUUACAGUUAAUGUUCCUGAUAGAAGCUUGGGAUCUGUGAGUGAUUUCUCCCUGGAAUCAAUCUUAAAAGAAGGGUUGAGUUCCAGAGGGAAUUUGCUGAAUAGAGAGAUUCCACAGGAAUCAGGAUUAUUUCCUUCCUUCUGGAACGGAGGAUAUAAUGGUUUUCCACGGCUCUUGGAACACCAAGAUGUGGACCAAUUGCCUCUUAAUCUAGUAAUGAAGAAGGAAAAGAUCAAACAAGAAGUUAAAGAGGAUCUGUCCACAACCACAAAUCUUUGUGACUUUGUUAAAGGUAUUAUGGUGGAAAACAGUCAGAAUAACUUGGAAACAUUAAAGGAUGAACUGGAUUUUAAUUCAUAUUUGAAUAUAUUUGGUCCUUCCUAUCUGGCAGCAGUUUAUCCAACAUGGUCUUUGGAAUAUGAGAAGAAAAUGAGACCCAAGGCAUCUCAGCAAUGCCCCAUCUGCAACAAGGUGAUCCAAGGAGCGGGGAAGUUACCUCGACACAUGCGGACACAUACAGGCGAAAAACCAUACAUGUGCAAUAUAUGUCAAGUUCGCUUUACAAGACAAGACAAGUUGAAGAUUCACAUGCGGAAGCAUACAGGGGAGAGACCCUACACGUGUAUUCACUGCAGUUCCAGAUUCGUGCAUAAUUAUGACCUAAAGAACCACAUGCGGAUACACACAGGAGUCCGUCCUUACCAAUGUGUCCACUGCUUCAAGAGUUUCACCCGCUCUGACCACCUGCACAGACACAUCAAGAGGCUGAGCUGUCGCCUGCCGCGGCCACGCCGGGGCCGUAAACCUGCGGCCUGGCGCUCCAGCAGCCUCCUGUACCCACAGGGAGGCCCAUCUCAAGGCACAACCUCCAACGAAAGUGGCAGCAACAUACUGCUGAAAGAAAAAGACAGAGUUCCAAAGGCAAGCACAAGGGAACUGGACAAUACUGAGAAGCACUUUAGUGGAGAUUCUCAAAAUUCCCAGAUCUUUGUCGGCAAAACAGCAACAAUAGAAAGUGAAAGCCUCAUGUCAAACAUGUUAAAUGGGAACCAUAUUGUAGGGGAAAGGGACAGAAACCUAUUCACCUUUAGCCUGACUCACAGUAAUACGUUCCCUCACCUGUCCCGACAAAUUUACUCAACGAGUGACCCAUGGGGUGUGCAGUUUAACCCUGCUGCCUCUAUUCAGGAGGCUAGUAAGUAAAGAAUCAGAUGAUCAGAUUUAGAAUUAUUGAAAUUAACAGAGAACUGACAUUUCACACUUUGACUUGUAAAUUAAUAUGAAACAAAAAUAGACAAUACAUUUAAAAUUUAUAUGUGUAAGAUGUCUUUAAAGAAUGAUUUUACAGACCAUUGAAUGAUCUUCAAGUUGAUCUAUUAUAUAAUUGUAUUUAAACAAAGAGAUCCAAAGAAAUUGAAUACUGGAGCUACAUGAACGUGAAACUGCUUUCUCUCUGCUGAUGUUUUGUGGGAGCAGUGUUGUCAUUAUUUUUGUAAUGUUGUGUACUUUUUGUGACCCCUCUUUCUCAUCCAAAACUCCAACGAGUUUACCGAGGCAUUAAAAAGAAACGUUAAUAUUAGUUCAUCCAUUGGUGCAGAAUACAGUGGAUUCCUGUUCAUUGGGACACACUGAGAUGAGUAUAUUUUGGCCCAAUUAAGCAGCCACCCCUAUCAGCUGAAAUUUUAUGGAAAUCAUUAAAAAGGUAUAAAAAAGAUAAACCACCAUUAAACUGAGUAAUGAGUUAUGUAUUUAAAUAGAAUACAGAACAAAUUAGAACAUUACCAGUACUACUAUAGUACCACAAAACUAUGUAUUAGUUCCCAAUAGUUAUCGAUGGAGGAAUUCAUCUUCUGUACACUGCCAUGUUCUUUUGAUUGACUGUAAAUGAACAAAAUCAGCGAAGACACCUAGUGCAGAUAAUAGACUGCCUUUAUAGAAUGCUAUCGAUGAUUGCAUCCCUCAAAUCCUCAUUUUCAUUGAAACAUUCAAGAUGAUUGUCGAUACCUUCAAAUUCUUCAUAGUUCCUAACUUGUUGAAAUAAUGAAAUCAUUUCAUUUUCCCUCCGGCCAUAUUUGGUAUCUCUGAGCCUCAGUGCUUGAACUCGAUUAAGCAAAACAGUUCUGAAUUGUCUUACUGCUUAUUUCUUGCCAACUAGCAGUGACAAAAAUGACUGUUUCUUGAACACAAACAUACACAACUGACACUAUUAAAAAACUUUUUUCUAAGCACAGUAUAGCAUCUAACAGCCACACAAGUACAUGCAACUGAUAAUAGUUAGAAACUGUUUGGCAACAGCCUCCUGUCUCAAUUCAGCGGCAUACUGUCCCAAAUAAACAAAAGGAAUUCUAGCAAUUUUCUUAAAUAGUUUUUGUUCUUUAAGAGUUGUCCCAAAGAAGUCGCUGUCCCAAUUAACUGAUGGACCACUUAACUGGAAUCCACUGUAUCAAAGGUUUCUCAGCUGUGUAUCAUUGCUAAAGUUGCUGCAUCUGUAUUUAGUUUUAUUUAUUUCACUGUUGCUUUCAGUUAAUUAAAAAUUAGAUUAUUU